AUGGCGGCUUCCGCGGCCGGCUUGGGCGGCGGUGGCGCGGGCCCGGGGCCUGAGCCGGGGGAUUUCCUGGCGCGCUACCGCCAGGUAUCCAACAAACUCAAGAAGCGGUUCCUGCGGAAGCCGAACGUGGCGGAGGCCGGCGAGCAGUUCGCCCAGCUCGGCCGCGAGCUGCGCGCCCAGGAGUGUCUGCCGUACGCGGCCUGGUGCCAGCUAGCGGUGGCGCGCUGCCAACAGGCGCUCUUCCACGGGCCUGGCGAAGCGCUGGCGCUGACCGAGGCCGCGCGCCUCUUUCUGCGGCAGGAGCGCGACGCGCGCCAACGCCUGGCCUGCCCCGCCGCUGCUGGGGAGGCCCUGCAGGCCGCCGCCGCCGCGCUGGGCGCCGCCGUGCGCCUGUACCUGGAGCUCGGGCAGCCGGCCGCGGCCGCCGCGCUCUGCCUUGAGCUGGCGGCCGCCCUGCGCGACCUGGGCCAGCCGGCCGCUGCUGCUGGCCACUUCCAGCGCGCCGCGCAGCUGCAACUGCCCCAGCUGCCCCUGGCCGCCCUGCAGGCCCUUGGCCACGCCGCGUCCUGCCAGCUGCUGGCGCGGGACUACAGCGGCGCGCUGGCGCUCUUCACGCGUAUGCAGCGCCUGGCGCGGGAGCUCGGCGGCCCCCCGCCGCAGCCCCCGCCGCCGCCGCCGUCCGGGCCGCAGCCCGCCGCCCCCGCGGCCCUCGCCCCGCCGCUCCCUCCCGGCGCUGGGCCGCCGGCCACCGCUGUCCCGGCCGCGCUGGGUGCCUUCGCCGACGUGCUGGUCCGCUGCGAGGUGUCCCGUGUGCUGCUUCUGCUGCUCCUGCAGCCGCCGCCCGCCAAGCUCCUGCCGGAGCAUGCGCACACCCUGGAGAAGUAUGCCUGGGAGGCCUUCGACGGCCACGGGCAGGACAGCAGCGGCCCGCUGCCCGAGGAGCUGUUCCUGCUGCUUCAGUCCUUGGUCAUGGCCACGCACGAGAAGGACACGGAGGCCGUCAAGUCGCUGCAGGUGGAGAUGUGGCCCCUGCUGAGCGCCGAGCAGAACCACCUCCUGCACCUCGUUCUGCAGGAAACCGUCUCGCCGUCGGGCCAGGGGAUCUGA